UGUGGGCGGCACCUUCCAAGUGGCGGAAAAAACAAAUUGAAAGGGGAAACUGGUCUUGCCGCUGCCGCCAUCAUCUCCGACCACUUUGACCUUCCAACGUGGACCCCCACACCGGCAAUUCCCCGGAGUGGUUUAUAAAUGGGAAUUUGGACCCGAGGCUUGUAGGACUCAGCAGCCGGGUUCUAGAGAAACAAAAGUCUGAAGAUGAAUUUCCUCCGUGCGCUUGCUGGUUUCUCGACCUGGCUCUUCAAACCUGAACUUGCCGAGGACUCUCCCGAUUGUGCCGAGAACGCUGUUAGCCCAUGGCGUGAGCUGCUGCAGAAGAUAAAUGCGGCUGAUCUCCUCGAUUCAUCCGUUUCGAGCGGUAAGGAAUUCAAUGACUCUGUGUACAAUACUUUUGAACAUUUCUGGAAGAUUAGGGACUAUGACGCAGUUGGCGAGCUGCUUCUGGCAUCUCUGGAUAAAGUAACGAAGGAAAGGGACCAAUUCAGAGAUGAAAUUUUCCAGCUCCGAAUGCAUAUAAAUGAUCUAAAGGCAUCUAAGUGUGUCCUGGAGGAGACGCUUCUCUCCUACCGCCACAGGAUGGAAGUUGGGGAAAAGCAGACUCAAGCCCUCAUUGUGAGAUUGGCUGAUUUACAAUCCUCGGUCACGUGUCAGCCUGCUCGUAAAGUGUCUGCGGAGAAGGUGAGGGCACUGAUUGGCAAAGAAUGGGAUCCGGUAACCUGGGAUGGAGAUGUGUGGGAGGACAUAGAUUCUGAUGGGACUGAGAAAGCAGAGCUGACCACUGUCGCCGCCUCUCCGCCCUUGUCUGAGGACAGUGGUUAUGCCUUGUCUAAAGAACGCAUCCAGCAGGACGAAGCUGACGUUUCUCAGAACCAGUCUUCACCAUCCUUAAUUACUUCUGGACCUGUCACCGGACCCAAGUCUCUGGCUGUCCAGAAACCCCACCACACAAGCCAUGAACUCAAUUUACUUGCUCAAGCAAAUAGGCAAAAGACAGGUGAACUUCCCGGGGAAUGGAUUUUAAGGGUGUGGGAUAAUGGUGGGAGGCUCACAAUACUAGAUCAGACUGAAUUUCUCAGUGUAGGUCCUUGGAGCCUUGACAGUGAGUUUAAUGUCAUAGCCCGCACUGUUGAAGAAAAUGGUGUGAAGAGUUUGUUUGACUGGUUGGCUGAAGUAUGGGUCCAAAGAUGGCCUACUACGGGAAUGCUGCAGGUGCCUGACGCCCCGGAGUGGUAUUAUGUUCCUAAUGGAAUUAAAAGGCUUAGGGAGCUUGGAAUGAUAGAGUGGCUUUGUGUAAAAGCUACUUGUCCACAGUGGAGGGGCCCGGAAGAUGUACCCAUCACUAGGGCUAUGAGGAUAACUUUUGUCAAGGAAACCAGAGAGGACUGGAAAAGCUUUGUAUUUAGCCUUCUCUGUAUACAGGACCUAACAGUGGGGGCUGCGGCUGCUCAGUUGCAUGACUUAGUUGAAUUACAUGGAAAGCCAAAAAAGCCUGCGUACUAAUGAUGGUUUGACUCCCGGGGACCCCGUGGCAGUUGUGUCUCUCUCUCUACCCGUGACUAUCAAAGCAUCAGUUAAAGAUGCUUUAAAUUCAGAAGGAUGCCCCACAGUGGGAACAGAGGACAGAGACACUUUCUUGCUCUUUCUUUUUCUUUUCUCUCAACAUUGAUUCUAGAACCCGAGGUGUGUGUGUGGGUGGGUGGGUGGGUUGCCUUCCUAGGAGGUCCCCGAAGCCCCCACAAACCCAAAAGGAUUAUUGCCACCGGUUGGUUGCAAAUAGGAACUAGAUUAUAAGAUCCUAAUGCUGAGGACGUCACGUGCCUUGAACCUAGGACAUAGAGGAAUGAUGCAUGGACUGUGCUGGAUGAAAGCCUCCUCCCUGCUGGCUGUUAGUCUUGGUGCUACAAAGUGCUAUGCAGGCUACUGUGGUCCUUGGUUCCACUCAGGUAUGGACUCAGCAUUACAGGCAGCAGUACGGGGUUGGUCUGCUGCUGCUGCUGCUGCUCAUAGUCAAAAGCUAAAUUCUGUUUCCCAAGAUCUGGUUGCCCAUGCUCACUUACUUCAGCCUUUGUUGUAAACCUUACUCCCCAGUUUAAAACUACUGGUUAAAGAAAACUGGUGAUAGCCCGUUACAGAGGGGAAUAGAGAGAGGUGGGGUUUGAGUUACUGGACUGGUAGAUCAUAAGUCGAACAGAUAAUGUAAAGCUAGAAACGAGCAACAUUUGGUUGUUCGGAUAUGCUGUGUAUAGAUAGAUGGUCAUCAAAAACCUCAGAGACCACAGAAAAUGGCGGCAUUUAAACAUGUCUUUAUUAAUGUAAGGCCUUUUUGACAUUGAGGCGUGUCAGCUCCUGGGGACACCCCCAUUCAACUUGGAAGAGGAAGAAUGAGCAUUGAAGAAUCUCCAUUAGGAGGUGGAUGCUAAUGUGGCAAGCUGCCACUGGGCAAAGAAAAUGCCUUAUUCCCUCUGCAGGCAGGAUGCUGUCCAAAAUGGGCAAACUUAAAUGCAGGCAAAGUCGACUGCCUAACUCUGCCAAGACAGGGUAAGCAAGUCCUUCAUAUGCCUUGCUUCACAGAUAUGCCUGUUAGAUAUACUGCCGGGAGAUAGAAGAUGGAUGCUCCAACGUUGUCAAGACAAUUCUGGGGGACCUGUCAGCCAGCCAUGUUUCUGUCUGUUCUAGCCUUGGAAGCUGCUUGCCUAUACGUCAGGCAAUAUUUAUCCUUCUGAGGUCUCUGAUGGGGUUGAAGACUUGAUAGUUAUAGUCUUACACUUAAGCUUAAGUUGUUUAGGAUUUAAGAGAUUUUUAGGUCUAAGAAAAUGUUUUUAGGUUAAUAAUGCAUAUUAUCAUAGAAAAUGAUUUAGAUACAAAACUCUGAAUGAGCACCAAGAUAGUAUAGAUGAUAGAAUACCUUAUCCAAAGAUUGCCAAAUACAAACAAACUGGACUUUUUUAAUGUAACUCUUCCCUAACCGUUUUCAUAAUUGUUCCUACUAUAUGUUGUUUAUUACUGUAAGAGAAAGACUCUUUUAUGUAGACAAAACGUGGAAAUGUAUGGGUUUGGACUGCUUAUAUUCAAAUGCUAAAUCUUGUACCCCAAGAUCUGGUUGCUCCAGGAUGAGUGGAUCUUCAUGUAUACCAGCCUUUGUUGUAUAAACCUUGCUCCCCAGUUUAAAACUAUUGGUUUAAUAAACCUGGCGACAUGGGGCUGGAGAGAUGGCUCAGCGGG